UCUGUGGUGUUUAGCUCAGCUCAGUGCAGUGGUGGCGCAGACAGCAAAGCGGGCUUCAGCAGGCAGGAGAGAGGGAUUAUCUCUCACACGGGACGAAAAUAAAAAGUGGUGGAUAAAGUGCAGUAAAGAUAGCAGAGGUCCAGAAACCACCAGUUGUCGCCGUCGUCAUCUGUCCACUGAGUCACCUUCAUCCUUCCUACCUUUUUAAUCCCUCCAUCCCUUUCCCCUCUUGAGGCCCCACCUCUUCUCUUCCUCGCCCAGCCCUCACCAUGUCCAUCGCCCUCAAGCAAGUCUUCAACAAAGACAAGACGUUCAGGCCCAAGCGUAAGUUCGAGCCAGGUACACAGCGCUUCGAGCUGCACAAGCGAGCUCAGGCGUCGCUCAGCUCGGGUUUGGAUCUGCGUGCGGCCGUGCAGCUGCCCCCCGGAGAGGACCCCAACGACUGGGUGGCCGUCCACGUGGUGGACUUCUUCAACCGCAUCAACCUGAUCUAUGGCACCGUGUGUGAGUUCUGCACAGAGAAAACCUGCCCGGUGAUGUCAGGUGGCCCACGGUUCGAGUAUCGCUGGCAGGAUGAGCACAAGUACAAGAAGCCCACAGCAUUGCCGGCACCGCAGUACAUGAACCUGCUGAUGGACUGGAUCGAGGUGCAGAUCAAUAACGAGGACAUCUUUCCCACCAGCGUAGGAAUUCCAUUCCCCAAGAACUUCAUUCAGAUCUGUAAGAAAAUCCUGUGCCGGCUCUUCCGGGUUUUCGUGCACGUCUACAUCCACCACUUCGACCGCAUCAUCCUGAUGGGAGCCGAGGCCCAUGUCAACACCUGCUACAAGCACUUUUACUACUUUUGCACCGAGCUCAACCUCAUAGACCGCAAGGAGCUGGAACCACUGAAAGAGAUGACCUCACGGAUGUGUCUCUAGGGCCCCGUAUCAGACACCGUGGACCUGAAAAACUGUUUAUCUCGGACAGAGGACGUCCCGGAUGAACAGAUGAACUCGGACAGUGUGAUGCUUAUGAAGUGUGAUGGAAUGAAAAAAGCAGGAUGCGGAAUGAAGCACGGAAGCAUGUCCAUUGUCACUCGGAGCAACAGCACCACCCGGUGGUGAUAAGUAGCACAUGCAUGCAUGUGGUGCUCGUCCUCCAGGUGGCGCUCUAAUGCAGUAAUAGGAUUAUGCACUACUUGAGAACUAUAACUAUGCAGUGUGGCUGGAGAUCUAUUUUGAUUGAGAAUAAUAUCGUAAAGCUACUCACUGGGUAACGACUGCAGAGGAUUAGUGAAAUUAACCCCUGGUGAACACUGUGUGUGUGUGUGUGUGUGUGUGUGUGUGUGUGUGUGUGUGUGUGUGUGUGUGUGGUGUUCAGACCACUUGACAUUCCUCUUUUCUAUGGACCAGCCCAGUAGUGAUCACUAAUCAGUGUAAAGCUGACAACCAGUUUUAAUAAAAUUUUAAUAUUGUAGGGAUUUUGUUUGCUUUUUAUGAUUUUUUUUUUUUUCUACAAAAAAAUGAGCAUCUCAGAGCUUCAGCCCAAACCUGAUGAUGUAAACUGAAUCCAUAAAGAGAAUUUUGGAUUUGUUUCCUAACAGCCAUUCUUGAUUUGUGACGCUGUAAGAUUUGGAAAAAUAUUUAAACAAAACUCCACGCAAUAAGUUUUAUAAAAAAUAAAAAUAAAAGUCUCACAUGUUCGUAGUUAGACGCUCAGGUUGAGGUUGCGUUUGUUUGGGGGUUUUUUUGUUUUGUUUUUUCUGCCUUUCCUGACAGCACAUACCUGUAGCAAUUAGAGGUUGUUUUAGCAUUUGUCACAACUGAGUGCAAAAGUUUGCACACCCCUACAUGGAAAUCAAGAAACCCCUCAAGAUUUUACAGGAUGCUCAGUUUUUAUUACAAAUUAGUGAUGCAGCGAUACUUUCUCCCCCAUACUGAGUACAAGGACGUGUUUUUUUUGGUACUCGAUGAUGCACUGAUCCUGAAAUGGACAACCUGAGGCGUAUUAUUGGUCGUCUCGGUGUGCUUCAAACAAUGAACAACUUCUCAGUUCAGAUGCUCAGUUUCAUGUUGAAGAUGCUAUGGUGUUUAAAUAGUGUGUAUAUAUACAUUUUUUUUAUAGAAAGUGAGAGGAUGGCUAAACUAAGCAUGUAGGGCAGAAUGAGCGAGAGUGCUCAUUAAAAAUAAGCACAAGGUGCUAUAAAUUGCACCUUGAUUCAUGAGAAAAGUGUAGACGCUAGCGAGCCAUGGGGGAAGGAAGCACGUGUAUCUCGGGGUUCAGUGCUCGCUGAAGUGAAGUGCUCUGUUGAUAUUUUUAUAUUAAUUGUGAAACGUGUCCAGAUCACGGUCGUGUCGUGUCAUGUCGUCUGGUCACCAGUGCUGCAAUGCACCCUCAGAUAGUAUGAGCACAGUAUUGGGACAAUACUGUACCUGAUGGUGGUCUGAGUAUUGAUCCAUCCCUGAUAUAACCAUAUAAUAAUAAAAUAAUUACUGAAGCAAACAAAAAUGAGAUUUCUGAAUGUGAUACAAAUGUGGAUUGAUUUUUUUUUUAAAUAAAUAUAUAUAACUCACUUCUUAGAACUUUUUCAGCUCCUGCUGUUUGUGAAUGUCGGGUUUUUUAAGUUGUCUUUCUUUUACAUGUUGGCGUCUGUAUUUCUUCCGUGUCUGGUUGGUUCAUUGUAGGUAACGGUGUAACUUUUCUCAUGAUUUGUGAUCAAUAUUUUCAGAUUUUCCCAAUUCCUAUUGACUCUUGACUGUUUGAGUGUUUGAACUCCUCAUGCCUUAUAAGUGAGACUUAAUGAAGUAGAGAUUGUAUUUUAAGUCUUUAAUGAGGUACGUUUGAAUAAAUAAAUUUAUUAGAGCAUGAAAA